AUGACUUUGCAACAUGGUUUGCAGCAGCACACAGUUUUAGUUACACAACAUUUUGGACCGCAGCAGCAAGGAUCACAACAAGAGCAACAACAAGGGUCACAACAGCAUGGAUCACAGCAUGAACUACAGCACGAACCACAACCGCAACCACAUCCACAGCCACAACCACAUCCACAGCCACAACCACAUCCGCAUCCACAACCACAGCCUGGCAUAUUAAUAGUAAUAAUGUAG